UGUUGGACAAAACAUGCAUGAAGGAUGAAUCAAGCCUAAGCUUUUAAAUCCAUACCAAUGCAUGCAGUAUUGUGAAGUUUAAUGGCAUUACUGUAGUGUAAUGUAAUUAAUAGUGAUGUUGCAUCAGGUCAUAUAUCAUCACCCGUGUCACCUCGAGCCCUAAACAUAAAGCAGCAUCUGUGCAGCGUGACACUCACGGACAGAUCCGCUGGAUUCAUGUUCUCUCUGUUCAGCAUGUUGAACUCAAGACGAGGUGAGAGUGGCUUAAAAAACACUGAAUGAAGGAGAGAAGAAUCUAAAGCACCAGCUGAAUAACUCAAGACUUGGUUUUCUGAGAGGAAAUGCAUAUUCUUGGGACUACAUUGAUUUUUAUUAUAGCCCUCAAGGUCUGUCUAGGUUUCUACCUUCAGACGUCGGAGGUCCAGGCGUAUGUUGGAGAAAGCGUGGUCUUGUCCUGCAACGGUUCAGGGUUCUCCGAGCAGGAGCUGGACGUUCACUGGGAGGCGAUGGGCAAAGACGUGAUCUCUCUGCGAGGAGACGUCGUCACGGUCGGGAGAGGGUUUGAAGAUCGCGUGAACUUCCUCAGAGAUCCGGCAGAGUCUGAGGACUUCUCCCUCAUUCUGUCCGACGUGAUGCUGAACGAUGGAGACGUAUACGAAUGUCUCUGGGAGGGAACUAAACCCAUCUGCUCUGUGUUACUACAAGUGUUACCUCCAGUGGUUUUCACUAAUCAUGUUGAAGUGUUUGAGGGUGUCGAUAUCACUUUGGAGUGCUUUGGGAAUAUCCCUAAAAACAAACCUUGGGAAGACAUUUACAUCCAGUGGCUGAAGGAUGACAAAGAAGUCCUGCGCUUGAGCUCUGGAGAGAUGGACGUCAGUAUUGAUUACAGUAUCCUGAGGUUACCGGCCAAACAUGACAUCAGUCGCGGUAUCUUCUCGCUGAGCAUCCCGUCAGUCAGUGUUUUCGACCAGGGUGUGUAUCAGUGCCGCUACAAGAGCACCGAUUACGAGGCACCACGGAGCGGAUUCCCGGAGACACACACGCUCACGGUUUCGGUGAUGGAUACACCUGUCACAGACACAGAAAGCGGCUCUGAGGUGUGGAGCAGCACAGCGUCUCUCUCUCAGACUCAGACGGUUUGGGCUCAGACUGAAAGCAGCAGCUCCUUGCCAACACUGACAUACACUGAGAGAGAUGGAGAGGUGUGGAGCAGCACAGCGUCUCUCUCUCAGACUCAGACGGUUUGGGCUCAGACUGAAAGCAGCAGCUCCGUGCCAACACUGACAUACACUGAGAGAGAUGGAGCUUUAUUUCUGGCGAUGACAGAUCCGUCAGUCACUGAGACAGUCACUCAUUCUGUGACGACGGAUAUAUCAGUCCCACAGACAGGCAUCGAUUCUAUCUACUUGACAACAGAUGAAGCGAUUCCAGACACAGACAUCGGUUCUGAUACGCCGUCGGUCACCGAGACAGACUCUGAUUCUGGUCAGAUUCCCUGGAUCCGCAUCGGUCUCAUUAGCACGGUUCUGCUCGUUACCGCCGUGGUUCUGGCUUUAUUACUGGUGUCUGGAAGAAUCGGAGUCGUCGAGAGAAAACCAUUGAAAGGAUUCAACUCUCAGACAUUUCCAGGCAAACAGCUGAUUCUGUGAAAUCUACAAGUUGUUCAACAAAAUAUGAUGUAUUUCUAUCUGUUAUGUACUGCUGUUUAUUUACAGUUCUUAAUACUAUUUGAUGCUUUAUCUUGAUAGCUUAAUAGAUUUAUAUACCCUAUAAAUCUACUUUCUUCAUCUAUUCAUAGUUUUAAAACUUGAGAACAAGUUUUUUUUUUUUUUGUCAGGUUUCAGAAAGAGCUCUGCCAUAAUUUUAAUAACGAAGCUCAUAUUUUCUCGUAAAAACAGACUGAAAUAGGGAUAGUUUGUGUGUUUUUUUUCAAUAUGAAAUUAAUUUUUCAUUUCUUUUUUUGUACCUGAUCAUUCAAGUAUAAGCCAAAAUAUGAGUAAAAUCAAAGCCUGUGUAGAUCAACUAAUGUGACAUUUUUUUUUUAUUUUAUUUAAAGUCAUUUUACAUUUGCAUCGCAAGUAAAUAAUCUUGAUUUAAGAAUGUUUUCAUGUUUGUAUUGGAAAACAAAAAUAUAGAGCAAUAUAUAUAUAGCAACAUUUAAUGCUGUUAAUUAAUGAAUUGAAGACUUUCUGCUCUAAUUUAAGGCCUCAUUUGUGGAAGGGUGAAUUAAGGCUUUUUAAAACCUGGAGUAUAAACUACGUUUUUGCUAAAAAUGGAAAUUAGGAACAUGCUUUUUUUUUGCAGUUUGUAUGAAUUUAACACUUAAACUGAUGACCUGAGUUUUCCAUAUUUUGUACAAAGCUACUUAACCUUGGCGUGACGUGAAAGCGAACGUAAAUGAUGAUGUCAUUUUUAUCUAAACAGUACAUGUGAAAAUGUCCAGACACAAUAAAGAGCAUCAUUUUCCAGUGACAAGAUUUCCCAUUUAUUGUUUCGUCACAAAAACAUGUUCUCUGCCAGCAACAAGCCUUCAGAAAAAAAAAAAAAAAAAAAAAAA